ACUCUACUUAACUACUUUUCCAAGGAGCGCUGAGCUCUCUGCAUCCGGGCCAGGCUGGCUUUAUUAAAUGAAAUUCCUGCAGGGCAAAGACGGGAAUUUACCUGGAUCAUCUGUUGGUUCCUCUGCAGGAAGGGAGUACAGAAUGUGAAGCCGGGGGAGAGAGCUAGAAUAUGAAGCCUGUCUACUGGUGCCUGGACUCUUUGUUGUAGUGACUGCAUCUUGCAACCUAAGGAGGAAGAAGGGACAAACUGUUCACUGCUGAUUAAAAAUGGCAGCCAGUGUCUCUCCAUUGGACUGUGAAAGGGGACUUCAGACCUGGGUGUCUGUUUGUUGGGUGCCCCAGGAAGGCUGCUGUCUGGUUGACACAGCCUUCUCAUAUUGAGUGGAGCAAGGGCAGCAUGGCUCAGAAAGUGUGGGUCAGCAUGGUCUUCCACAACCGCAAAGCCCAGCUCCUGCUGGUCAACUCGCUGACGUUCGGCCUGGAGGUCUGCCUGGCUGCUGGGAUCACCUACGUGCCACCGCUCUUACUAGAAGUGGGUGUGGAGGAGAAGUUCAUGACCAUGGUUUUGGGGAUCGGGCCUGUCCUGGGCCUUGUCUUUGUACCACUGAUUGGCUCCGCCAGCGACCACUGGCACAGCAGCUACGGCCGGCGGCGGCCCUUCAUCUGGGUCUUGUGCCUGGGAGUCCUGCUGAGCCUCUUCAUCAUCCCCCAUGCCAGCCGCCUGGCAGGCCUCUUCACCCUCAAUGCUCACCCCCUGGAGAUUGCCUUCCUCAUCCUGGGCAUUGGCUUGCUGGACUUCUGCGGCCAGGUCUGCUUCACUCCCCUAGAGGCCUUGCUCUCGGACCUCUUCCAGGAGCCUGACAACUGCCGGCAGGCUUUUUCCAUGUACGCCUUCAUGAUCAGCCUGGGUGGCUGCGUCGGCUAUCUGCUUCCGGCCAUCAACUGGGCCAGUAGCUUCCUGGCCCCUUAUCUAGGGGGGCAGGAGAAGUGCCUCUUCAGCCUCCUCACCAUCAUCUUCCUGGGCUGCGUCCUGGCCACCUUCUUUGUGACGGAGGAAGCAGUGGGGCAGGUGGACGCUCUGGCAGGCCCCGCGCUGAAGGACUCUUCCCCCAAGCCCCCGUCCCCCAGCUGCUGCUGCUUGUGCCAGGUUUCCAAGAGCCUCUUGCGAGCCAGGCAUGUGGUCCAGGCCUUGAGGAACCUCUGCGCGUUGGUCCCACGGCUGCAUGGCCUCUGCUGCCGCAUCCCCAAGGUGAUCCGGCGUCUCUUCGUGGCCGAGCUGUGCAGCUGGAUGGCCCUCAUGACUUUCAUGCUGUUCUACACGGACUUUGUUGGCGAAGGGCUGUACCAGGGUGUUCCCAGGGCCGAGCCAGGAACAGAAGCCAGACGUCACUAUGACGAAGGGGUCCGCAUGGGCAGCCUGGGCCUGUUCCUUCAAUGCGUCAUCUCCAUCUUCUUCUCGACAAUCAUGGACCGGCUGGUGAAGCAGUUUGGGACCCGGGCAGUCUACCUGGCCAGCGUGGCAUUCUUCCCCCUGGCUCCUUUCGUCAUAUGCUUCUCCCAGAGCGUCCUCAUCGUUACUGUCUCGGCCGCCCUGACGGGAUUCACCUUCUCUGCGCUCCAGAUCCUGCCGUACACGCUGGCAUCGCUGUAUCACCAUGACAAGCAGGUUUUUUUGCUUAAGUACAAAAGCAAAGAAAAGGAAGAUGCUGCUCAGCUGGACAAGAAAUCAGGCUUCCCCAAAGGCCCCCUCUCCAGCCAGAAGCUGACCUACCAGAACGGCCAUGCUGGGGGCCUCUUCUCCUCCUCUCCUCCAGCUGCCAGCUCGGCCAUGUGCGUCAGCUCCCCCUGCGAGGUCUCGCUCAUGAUGAGGGUGGGAGACUCAGACGCUGCAGUGCCCGGUCGAGGGAUCUGCCUGGACCUGGCUAUUUUAGACAGCGCUUUCCUCCUUUCUCAGGUGGUCCCGUCCCUUGUCAUGGGCUCGAUCGUCCAGUUUACACAGUCGGUGACUGCCUACAUGGUGUUCGCCACCGGCCUCGGGUUGGUGGCUAUUUACUUUGCAACCAAAGUCGUCUUUGAUAAAAGCGAUAUGGCCAAGUAUUCGGUGUAAAACAGGGUACGUGUGUACGUGGCACACCGCCAACUUGUUUGUACACGUGCAUUGACACGAUUUGCUAUGGCAGGCUGCACGUUGUGCACACCUCCUUUCUGUCUCUCAUGCUGUUUCUGUGGGGCAUGUGGCUGGGCAGAGGCUGUUGGGCUAAGCACUGGCGUAUUAGGAAGGGCACCGUGCUGUUCUAUCUCCCACCAUCAGAGCUUGCCCCAUGGUGCUUUUGUCUAAGAGCAGUGUUGCACAGAGGGCAUCAGUGAGGUGACAGGAGAAGAGUUUCCCUUCAGUCACAGGGUUAAAUUUCUGUGCAAUUCCACAGUUUCAUCCUGGAGGGAGAGUGCUCCUCCUCUCAUUCCUGGAGAGAGAAGCUUAAAUCCUGGCUUGCGCUGGCAGGCCUCACCUUGCUUCGAAAGUGUAAAUCCUCUCUGACUGGUGGUUGCUGUGGACUGGAAUAUUUGGGGGACAGUCGGGAGGGUGCUGCAUUGACAGAGCUGGGGGGGAAGACAUCCAAGGUUGGAAUGGGGUAUUGCAGGUCAGGACGUGGGUGCAUUGGCAGAGCUGUAUGGACGCAGUCCUGCAUGGCACAGGGGUGCUGGAGGUGUAUGGGCAGUCUGGUUCUGUCCAGGGCUGGUAAUCCCAUUGCGCUGAGCACCACACUAAGUGACCAUUCGGUGUUAAUGCACUCCAGACUGCCCUGCAGAACUGGCCAGCUGCUCUGUGCACCACAAGUGCCUGAAACCUGUUUGCAGUAGCCUUAUAAAAUGGCCUGGUUAGAGGCAGUAGGCAGAGUUGAUUUAACAAGGCUCCAGGGCCCUGUUUUUAUGGCACUGCUCAGACCUCAUUAGCCUGAACAUUACCCCCUAUUCAAGUGCAAUAUUCCCCAGCAGAGUGUAUAGGGUCUGGCGUCCUCUGUAUCCUGCAGGGGCUGGAAGCACUUAUCCUUUGUCCCCCUGCCCGAGGCAUGUUAACGGGACACGCUGUCCCAGGUUACUGCUCUGAAGUUCUUUCCAUGUAGGAGAUGGACUAAGCCCUUGGGCGAGAUCCUCUGCAGGCUGCCCUGUUGCAUGGCUUAAUAAUUGGACGUGCUGCCCUUUCUUCGGGCCACGUUCACUGAUGGUGUGAGCAGGCACAUAUACCCUGCCCUUUUGAAGGGUGUGCAGGAGACUCUUCCGCUGCAUAAACCCCAGCUGGUGCCUAGCCUUGCCAUCCCUUCCUUGUCCUUAUUCAUCCCACAUGGCUCUGCCUGCCCCUCUCCCUCCCCACCUCCAUGAGGUGCUUCCUCCAUUUCAUAUCUCUUGUUCCUCACAUUCUCUGUCUUCUCUACCCAUGUUGGGUCCCCUUGAUGCCCGUUCCCUCCACUCGGGAAUAGCCUUGAUGCCAAUUGGGUGCAGUCAUUCCCUCCGACAGGAGAGUAAGCUGGAGCAGGGUCGAGAGGUGACCCUGUAGCAUGUCCUGGGUUCUACUCCCUUGUAGGGCCAUCUUUCUGUUUUGCCCCUUUUUCAAAGGGAAGAAGCUGAGAAUGACCUUUCCACUGAGCAGGCCCUGCUCUUGCUGCCAUGAAUUGAUGGCAGAGCUGUCCGGAUUCUGAGAUCCUGCUGCUGCAGAGAUCGUUCCCAGCUAAGAGGAUGUUCCCAGGUCAGUUAUAUCCCACCCACCAUGAGUCAUCCUUAUGGAAACAUGGGGUGUCUAUAUUGCACCACAAGCCAGAGGUAGUAGAACUUGCAUUAGCAAACUGGGGGUAUGUUAACCUAGGGUUUGAGUGUCUGUGCUCAUUUGGAACCCCAGCCUAGGAACUGUUGAACUCUGGGUCCCAAUCUGGGACUCCAGCAUCUACACUGUAUUAUGUGCACCUAAAUUCGCCCAUAGACCAGACUUCCUCACUUCCUACCAACAUGUGGUUGCUCUAGCCCUUUGUUUGUGGUGCAGUGUUGGAGAACUUGACUGUCCAGAGCCCAGAGAAAGUCCAAGCUGUGGCAUUGUGGGAUACUUUUGGCAGACUCCCAGAGCAUGCGUCCAGGGAAGUUAUAUCUACACUGCAAAGCAAUAGGGCUUGAACCCUUGGUCCAGCUUGACUCAGGUUUGGACCCUCCAUCCCUGUGUGGUUCUGGGACCCUGGGUCUGAGCCCUGGGUUAUCGCAAUUUGUGUGUAUGGGGAAGGGGUAUUACACUUGAGCCUGAGUCCAAAUCCUGGGCUUACACUGCAGCGUAAACACAGCUACAAAGUCUUCAGUGAUUAAAUUGCACCUGUUCCCACCUCCCAUUUUAACUUCACAAACCCAUUAGACCUUGAGGAAAUUAUCAAAAGCAGAAAUGCCAGUUAGGGCAUAACUCCCUUUGAAAACCAAACUACUAUUCGGGCCUCUGAAAAUCUACCUAAUGGUUUUUAAAAUCCUUGUUUCUUCUGUUUUUUUCAUUCACAAUGGGACUGUCUUUCCUUGCCUCUUGCUAUCGUUCUUCCCAUGGGGAACUGUCCUACCAGCAAACUUCUUAAAUAAGAAUCCCACUAGCCCAGACAAUGCCUGGCCCAAGGAACCAACUCAAUAAGCCACCUGCCCACCCAUGGGAUCACUGCCCCCGUUCCACUGGAGAGGGAGAAGAGGGGAGGGCAGACACAAGGGCCAGCAGCCAGGCAAGAGCUAGUGUGGAGCUUUCCCAUGUCAAGCAGAGCCAUGGGGCUGAUAACGUGGGAAAUGGGUUCACAGUGCCCCAUAUGCCAAUAGAGGACUUUGACUUCCAGCCCUCCCAGUCUCUUUAUCUUUAACCUAGAUCCCUCACUGCCAAGCCGACCCCAAGUCACUGUUUUCCAGCUCUAGGGAGGACCUUCCCAAUGAGCUCAUGGGGUGGGUGGUGGGUGUAGGGUUGGAUUCUCCUCGAUGCAUGCUUCUGGAAUGUACCACUCUGGAUGUGUGUGUAAGAGCAUCUGCUGCUGGCUAGGCUCGUGGAGAUUAAUCUCCAGCUCGCUGAGUAGAAAUCUGUGUUCUGGGUCCAAAAGUUUGUCUUAUGAUUCCAUCAAUAGAAUUUUCUGGGGAAAGGGACAGUGGCUGGAAAGCACCCUUCUAAUUUCCUUCCAUUCCCCCCUCCUCCCACCACCACCCAAAACAAAAUCCCAUCCACCAUUUUUUAGAUGAAGUAGACCGGACAUGGCACUUAUCUGAGACUGGUGUGUCAUAAUGUUAAAUAUAUUGAUGUGUGUUUUAAUCAUGUAUUAGAGGCUGAAGUAACCCACCCUUGCAAUGAGCAAUAACAUGUGGGUUGCAGAUGAGAAGUUAUUUACUAUGUAAGGAAAACCCCUUUACAUUGUAUAGCAGAAAGGAGCAGAGGGGAAUCUUAAGGAGGUACAAUGUAUUUAUCUAAGAUGGCAUUUGUUCAGGUUGCCAGGCCUAAUGACCAGACUCCGUAAUAACCACUGAUGAAGAUAUUCAAAUCAAGUCCAUUCUUUGGUACCUAAAUAAGUGGCCUGGUUUUUUAAAAGCGCUGAACACCCUUUAAAGUCACUGGGAGCUGCUGGGGGCUCAGCACCUCUGCAAACCGCUUAUUUAAGUACUAAAUAUGAAUUUAAGAGCCUAACUUUGGGCACUCAGGUUUGAAAAUAAUGGUCCAUGAGCGCUCGGGACCUCUUGGCCACUCAUCUGAAAGAUGCAUGGAAAAGUGAUGAGAUGGAGGAGAAGUGAAGGACUGCUUGUAAUAUGUCCAGGUAUCGGGCAGGCACCGCCUAGAACAAUAAACACACAGAUCCUGAACCAGAGCCUCUCCUUUGCCCCUGAUUAAACAUAGGCUGAGAUUUUCAGAGGGAGUGGGGCACCCAAAUCCCAGUGUAAACCCUAGCCUUUGUCUCUAUUGUCAUGCCCUGAUCUGACCAGUCCCAGGAGGGGGCAGACCCUGUGUGCAAAAGGAGCCUAGUCAGUUUGCUGAUAGCCAAGAUAUGAUGGCAGGGGAGGUGGCUGUUUGUGUUUGAAAAGAGAGAGUUGAGCAAUCGAACUUCUGACUCCUCAGCUAACUUUCAUUUGUAUCUGCACCACGUAGUUCAAGGUGGGGCUCCAGUUGCCCCAGUUCUGACCUGAGCUGUCUCUUGAGCUCUCCAUUUCAGCUGGGAAGACGCAGCAGGCUCUGGGAAUUGCCGGAACUGGGGGGGGGGGGGGAGGAGGGGGGGCGUUAACUGUCUCAGCCUGGUAGAGGCUUUCCCAUCACUAGUGGCAAAGGAGGGAAGGUGGUGGUGGCACUCUAGUGGGGUUUUUUCAUAGUCAAUAAGCUAAGAAGUUGCCCUCUCCCUCUUCAGCCCAGUGGGUAUCUCAGAGGGAGAAGCUAUUUAAUGUCUGACUUGCCAGCAAAGGAGUCCAGAUUUCCCCCAUGCAGAGCAUGGAGUUGAGCAGCUCCCUUUUCCUCACUUUCCCUGCUGGGCUGCAUGCCAGGAGGUGGCAUGGUGAGUGGAUGGGGGUGGGGGAGAGAAGUGCAUGCCAAGAGCUAGCUAUAGCUUCAGCUCCAGACAUCCCUGGCCCCUCUGCGAGGUCAGGCCCAAAUUGUCUCAGGCCCAUCUCUAGCAGGAAAACUGCUGUUUCUGAGAAAAUGCAAAGACCACGGCUUGUGCCCGGAUAAUCAGCACAUACAUGGUGCAUCUACAUGGAUAAAAGUUGAUUCAGGCUCAUGGGACUUGGGCUGUGGGGCAAAAAAUUGUGGUAUAGACAUUCAGGCAGGAGCCUGAGCUCCUGGAGCCUCCAACCUGUUGCUGAAGUAACUUGUAUGUGGAUGUAAAAAUCUCUCUAGGAUGCAAAUUACACCCUCCAACCUUCAACCACUGGUGUAAGGUCUGUAAAGGAAAGGGCAGUUCCUGGGAACUCUGCUGGGUUUGGGUAGUAGAUCCAUCCCCUCUCCACUGAGGAAUCAUAUUAUGCCUCUCCCUUCCUGAUUGCCCAUGAGGUAUUUAAAGGGAGCAGGUUCAAUUCUCUUGGGUCAGUGGAGAGGACUGUAAAGGGAGGUUUGGGUCUUUCUUUUCUAAUGCAUAAGAAUGCAUCAUUGUGAAUCCCUUGUCCUAGGGAAGGAUGUUUUGAUGCUGUUUUCUUUCAGGAAGAUACACUCUGCAAUAUGGUCCUGUCUUAUUUAUUUAGUGAAGUAAAUAUUUUGUACAGUGUAAGGGGAGGGAUAUUAUAAAGUUUAUUAAGGAGGGAAAUAAAAACUUUUAUGUUGGAUCACUGUGUGUGUCGCUAAGUUAACUGCACUGCUGAGAACAUUUUGCAUGAGAGAUGGGCCACCCCACCCUGAACACUGGUGGGCUGGAUAAAGCAGGCCCCCACAUCUCACCCCCAAGCUACUAUUGCCCUUCUUUGUGUGGCCUGAUUGUGCUGGAAGACGUGGGGAAGCAGAAGGCAGCAAGGGAAGGAGGAGACCGGAUGAAUGAAGACCACCCUCCAGUGAAGCGUCCCUCUCUUUCUUUUCCACCAGCACCAGGAAGACAUUGCAAGGGGUGAGCUCAUUUGGGGAGGACAAGCUCCCGACCUGCUGCACAUCAAUCCAUGAUGGCUUGGAGUGCGAUAUGGGCCACAAGCCAAGCCCACAAAAGCGCACUGGCCAAGCAGAGAGCAGGGCAUCCUCUGUCCUAAGGAGCAAACUAGAUGACUGUUA